UCUCCUUCAUCCCCUCUCCUGCCUGGCUUGUCCCUCCUUCUCUCUUCCUCCUGUCCUGGUCUACCUAGUCUCCAGCCCGCCCUUUGCCCCUCCCCUUCGCACCCGCGUGGUGCCGCCGCGGGUAACUUAUAGACCCGCUGCUCUGUUGAUGAACUCUGGAGCCUUCCAGCAGAGCAGGGAGGAUGGCUCUGAUGAUGCUGCCACUGGUGCUGUUGCUCCUGGCCGGGGACUUUGCAGUCUCCUCCAACUCUUACGACUUUUCCGACCACCAUGUAGUUGAGCCUUCAGAAUACAGAACACCGGAAUGUGAUCAUUAUGAUUACCCAGCAUGUCCCAGGGUCCUCAGCCCUGUGUGUGGAAGCGACUUGAACACUUAUGGGAAUGAGUGCACCUUGUGCAUGAAAAUCAGGGAGGAUGGGAACCCUAUUAAGAUCAUCAAAGAUUCGCCUUGCUGAUGGGCAGUGUGUGGACGAGCAGCUGGAGAGCCCCCUACUCCAGUGCCUUCUGCUAGAAUCCCGCUCCUUCUUUUCCUCUUUCCCCGUUUCUUUGCCUGGCUCCUGCUAACGCACCUUCCCCGAGACGUGGUGUGGAAGACAGCGAUGCGCGGGGAUUCAUGAGCGUCUAAGACUCCUGCUCUGGACUCCCAGCCCAUAGUGCAGUUUAAAUUUACAGCCCUGGUGACUUUUGCACGGCUUCACUUAUGCGGAAUAAAAUGAGCAUUCAAUGCC